UCUGAUCUCUUCCGGAUCGAAAAAAUAGCUGUAGCACUUCGAUGAAUUAGAAGUUCUAGCAUUUGGACUCUUUUUAUCUACAAAUACAUGUUAAACCAAGAAAGUUUGGAACAUUUCAAAUCCAUAAUAUUUCAUUGCUUCGUUGUGUAACCAUAUGAUACAGUGAUGCCGGGGCUCAGUUGUAGGUUCUAUCAGCACCGGUUCCCAGAAGUGGAGGAUGUGGUGAUGGUCAAUGUGCGCUCCAUCGCUGAGAUGGGCGCCUAUGUAAGCCUUUUGGAGUACAACAACAUUGAGGGCAUGAUCCUCCUGAGUGAACUGUCGCGUCGACGCAUCCGCUCCAUCAACAAGCUCAUCCGCAUAGGUCGCAAUGAGUGUGUGGUGGUCAUCCGAGUGGACAAAGAGAAGGGAUACAUCGAUUUAUCAAAGAGAAGAGUUUCACCAGAGGAGGCCAUCAAGUGUGAGGACAAAUUCACCAAAUCCAAAACUGUGUACAGCAUCCUGAGGCAUGUGGCAGAGGUUCUGGAAUACAGUAAAGAUGAGCAGCUGGAGAGCCUCUUCCAGCGCACUGCCUGGGUCUUUGAUGAAAAAUACAAGCGGCCCGGAUACGGCGCUUACGACGUCUUCAAACAGGCCGUGUCGGACCCUGCCAUCCUGGACGGCCUCGACCUGACGGAGGAGGAGAGAAACGUACUCAUUGACAACAUCAACAGGCGACUCACGCCGCAAGCCGUCAAAAUCCGAGCAGAUAUUGAGGUGGCCUGCUACGGGUAUGAGGGCAUCGACGCAGUGAAGGAAGCACUGAGGGCAGGUCUGAGCUGCUCUACUGAAGUCAUGCCCAUCAAGAUUAACCUGAUUGCCCCCCCACGAUACGUGAUGACCACAACCACUCUGGAGCGUACAGAGGGCCUGUCUGUCCUCAACCAGGCCAUGGCUGCCAUCAAGGAGAGGAUUGAGGAGAAGCGGGGCGUGUUCAACAUCCAGAUGGAGCCUAAGGUGGUGACGGACACUGAUGAGACAGAGCUGGCGCGCCAGCUGGAGAGGCUAGAGAGGGAGAACGCCGAGGUGGACGGAGACGAUGAUGCCGAGGAGAUGGAGGCCAAAGCAGAAGAUUAGAGCCCCAGAAGAGGCUGGCUGGGAGAUGAGAGAGAGGAGAGAGAUGGACAGACAGACCUGGCCAUAGUAGCCCAUUCCCAACAGAUGUUAAUUUACAUCAUAUUGCAACAUUAAACAAAGUGUCCCAUGUCAGUUAGAAUAGAGCAAACACAGGACGGUUUACUGACUUAAUUGAAAUUAAACCACUAAUGACAUUUCAUGUUUACCACCAUUUUGACCACAAAGAAUACAAAUUUGGAUAAAUUAUACCCUUUUAUGCAUAGAAAAGUUAACAAACAGUGGCCUUCACUUUCUUGCUAACGAGCCCUGGUGUCUUCAGUGUCCAUGGCGCUUCAUCUCUCGAUGGUCACAGGAAGUGAGACAGACGCCAAAAGUUCAUGUCUGUAAUACUGGCUGGCUGUGGGUGGUUGUUUUGUGCUAGUCCUCCUACAGUUGGGGAUUUUUACUGGCAGGAUGGAUUUUGCUUUUGUUUAGCUCAUAAGACAUUAAUAAAGUUCUGGAAGUUUUGAUCUCAA